CCACAGUUUUGUUUAAUGGAACUUUUAUUUUUGACUCGAGUAUUUGCAGAAUCAACAAGUUUUUUAAUUUGUCUUGUGUUUUUGUUGCUUCUUGCAGCAUCACUACCAUGCAUCAGCAAGACGGUGUAUUAUCAUAGUUUUAGCAUAAUCCUCUUUGCCCUAUAAAAGGCACUAACCUGUAAAAUGGUUCAGCACAAAACAAAUAUAAUUACUGACUAUUUCAAUCCAUAGUAGCCAAUUCUUAAAUGGCUCUUCGGAAAUCGAUUGCUCUAGCAAUUGUUCCACUGGUAAUGCUAAUACUAGUGGUGGGAUCUGAAGCUGGUGGAAUUGCCAUAUACUGGGGACAGAAUGGAAAUGAAGGUACACUGUCUGAUACCUGUGCCACAGGCAACUACAAUUUUGUGAUCCUCGCUUUUCUUGCGUCAUUUGGUAAUGGCCAGAAACCUAAGAUCAAUCUAGCCGGACACUGUGAUCCAUACAGUAACGCAUGUGUUGGAUUGAGUUCCGAUAUAAAAUCCUGUCAAGCCAAAGGAAUCAAAGUGAUACUUUCGAUUGGAGGAGGGGCCGGAGGGUAUACCCUCGCCUCGUCUCAGGAUGCCAAGGAUUUAGCAACUUACCUGUGGAACAACUUCUUAGGGGGGAAAUCCUCAGCUCGCCCACUUGGAAAUGCUGUUUUGGAUGGGAUUGACUUCGAUAUUGAAGGUGGAACGUCACAACACUGGGAUGAACUUGCCAGGUAUCUUUCUAAGUACAGCACCCAAGGUAAUAAGGUGUACUUAACCGCUGCUCCUCAAUGCCCGUUUCCUGAUGCUUGGGUCGGGGGUGCUUUGAAAACUGGCCUUUUUGACUAUGUUUGGGUUCAGUUUUAUAAUAACCCUCCUUGUCAAUACACUUCUGGAGAUAUUUCAAAUCUAAAGAAUGCAUGGAAAGAAUGGAUUUCGUCUAUUCCUGCAACUAAGAUUUUCCUAGGACUACCUGCAGCCCCAGAUGCCGCUGGAAGUGGCUUCAUCCCGGUGGCUGAUCUUACUUCGACCGUUCUUCCAGCUAUUAAGGGUUCUACAAAAUAUGGUGGUGUUAUGCUGUGGUCAAAAUACUAUGAUGAUCAAACUGGAUACAGCUCUUCCAUUAAAAGCCAUGUCUAAAAUAUUUACUACUAUUGACUGGGUUCUAAAACUUGUGUGUAUUCUAUUGUGCAUAACAUAUUGUUCCCCUUUCCUGUUUUACUUGAAGUGAAUUUGGUGUUUCACCAUUUCGAGUGACU